CCAUAUCAUCACAGUUUGAGGAAGGAGACCAAGAAUUUUUCAUAUUUUACAUCCUUAAAUUGAAGGGAAAAGUCUCGGGUUUAGUUUGGUGGGUGGAAAAGAAGAGAGAAAAGCGAUUUGUGACGAAUGGAAGGUUGUUAUUGGAGAAGCGAAUUUCCUAUUUUAUGGCAAGUACUCCAAUCCCAUGCGUAGCUUUUCAGCCGAUGAGCUUCAAAAAGCUACAGACAGUUACAAUCAUGAGAAUCGAAUUUUUGGAUACACGUCCCAUUUCAGAUGGUAUAAAGGUUGUUUUGAAGGUAGGUUGAUUUUUGUUAAGAAGUAUAUGGAUUCUUCCAUUCCAACACAUUCUCGUAGUUUUUUGGCUGAUCCUGAAAUGGUUGCUAAUGAAAUAUCAGUUGCAGCACAACUGAGCGGGCAUAAGAAUAGUUUGAAGCUUUUAGGAUGUUGCUUAGAAACACAAAUCCCCACUUUAGUUUUCGAAUUUCCAAUGAAUGGAAAUCUUGGGGAUCAAUUAAGAUCCAAUCCAACUUGUUUAUCGUGGAAGAGUAGAUUAAAGAUUGCAAAUGAGAUUGCUUCAGUGAUUACAUAUCUUCAUACUGCGUUACCCAGGCCAAUCAUUCAUAGAGAUAUACAUCCUGGACAUUUCUACUUGGACCAAGACUUGCGUGCUAAGCUCUCUGAUUUUAUAUGUUCUAUGGCACUCCCUGAGGGCAAAACACAAGUAGAGAAUGAAGUUGCUUGCGGGACUCUAGGAUAUCUAGGACCUGAAGUGUGAUCGGGAGUGUAUUCAGAGAAGAGUGAUGUUUUUGGCUUUGGCUCGCUUUUAUUCAAGCUUCUAACGGGAAAGGGCUAUUUUGAUUUAUUUUUGUCAAUUACCAAUGAUUUCAAGGACGAUCAGAAGAAGGAUUAUCCAAUGGAUCCCAUACAAUCCUAUGUCAGAAAUCAAGGAAUUAAUGGGAUUGUUGAUCCUAAAAUUCUAGCAGAGGGAGGAGGAGUCUACCACCAUCAUCGAUUCCAAGCAGUAUUCCAACUUGGUCUCAAGUGUCGUAGAAUGAAUCGAGAGGAAAGGCCAAUUAUGUUGGAUGUAGCAAAACAACUCAGACGAAUUCAAAGGUAUGUUUCUUCACUUCUUUCUUAA